AUGAAACUUCAUAGCAUCAGCAGUUUACAUUGCCUCAUGGCGUUGUUGCCUCUGUUGGCACCAGAGGUGCAAGCCUUUCACAUCACACCAUCCAGAAGUCUGCACGUUCCAUACAGGACUAGUCUACAAUUCCAUAGGCAGGGAGCGUCUUCGGCAGCUCCUUCUUCCGUAAAUCUUUUGAGGAGGAGCCAAAAUGAUUUGACAACAAAAGGAUUCAGCAAACGUGGUGACUUCACCACCACUACGAAGCUUCACAUGUACAAUCUACCCCCAGGCAGAGGAGGAGGCGGCGGUGGUCUUGGUGAAAUCCUAAAGGGAGCGGCUGGAUUGCUCUUGACCGUUGCCUUCUUUGCAUCACCUGUGGGAGGCUUUGUCCUGAGCAUUUUCAACUCAUUUCUACUGUUGGCCAUUUUGAUUCCAACCGUCACAACGAUUGGAUUUCAAGCCUGGCAAUAUUUCAACACCAUUUCAGGCCCUUGUCCAAGCUGCGGAGCUCCCGCGAGAGUUCUAAAGGGCAAGGAUGGCGAAUCCCAACCAACCGUUUGCUAUAGCUGUGGAUCCGUUUUACAAGCCAGUUAUGACAAUUCGCGCAUCGACAACGUUACCGGACGAAAUUCCAUGGAUCCAUUCGGUGGUGGUGGUGGUGGAGCUACCAACAGUAUUUUCGAUAUCUUUGGAGGACCAGGAGUGUCGUCAUCUGGCUUUCCCUCUGAAACCACAACUACACGCACCACCACCACAAUUUUUGAUGUGGACGAAUUUGGUACCCGCUCCACUAGGAGUAGCCGUCCAAGCAGCAGUGGAAGCAGCAGCAGCAGUACUAGUGGAAACAAAAAGAAGCCCCCCAGCAAGAAGGAUAUGGGAGAAAUCAUCGAUGCUGAGAUUGAGGAGGACGACCUGCCGUUUCAAUAG